UUCAAUCAUGCUUUUCACUCAGUUGUUCUUGUGCUCUCAGCUGUAUCCAGACACAGCAUAACAGACAGAUCAUAGUGAUAUUCAGUUAUAUAUCACUGUGGUUAAGACGCUGAGGGAUAUAAACUCUGGUUGGCAUGAAGUGAUUCGUGGCUUCCAUGAUCACGACAUUGACUUGAAAGUAUUUAAGAAAUAUCAGGAAAAUCCGAAGAUGAGCUGCCAAUAUAAGAGCAAGCUCAAAGGUCGACAGCUACAAGCAAUAAAAGACUUCAACGCUGCUGAUGUCUGCUUUAGUGAUGGCGCUAAUCCGCUUUCUUUCCAUAUAGGAGAUCACUUCACAUUUCUGAGUUACCGUGACAAACAUUGGGCCAAUGUCGAGAGAACAAUCCUUAAUAACAACUCAAUACUUUUGAUUGAGACUUACCCACCCACAGAACAAGGAAUCAUACCAAUAGACUAUGUCAUAGAGAUGGAUACAGCAAUCACUGAAAACGAUUCUGUCAAGACAGACCAAAAUAACUCAGAUCAGGAGAGUUUGUCGGAGAGUCAGGACAGCGAAGCACUCAAGGCUAUAUUUGUGAAAGAAGACCUUGAAAGACAGCUGGAAGCUACAAAGAAGAGGCUGGGAGAAGCACAAAAGGAGAUAAAAAUGCUAAGUGACAGGUCAAAGAAAGAGUUUGGCAAAAAUGUACAGCUCUUGCAUCAGUUGUUACAGCAAUACUAUGCUGCAAGUGAAGUCCUUAUUGCAACCAAAGAAGAAUUAGAAAUUGCACAAAAGUCUAUCAUUGCUCAUCAAGAAAUGACCAAGAAAUAUCAAGAUGUCUUUGAAGAAAUAAAAACUCAAAUCCACAAGUCAGGAAACAAAUCUGCGAUCAAGGUUUUAGAUAAAAUCCUUGCAAAAGAAGCUAAACAACCAAAUGGAGUUAUUCUGCAAGGAAAGCAAAGAUGUCCAAGCACUGGAGAAGAUGACCUCAUGCUUUCAUGUACCCUGUGCUCAGAAAAGAUAAAAGUCAGUGAAUUAGCAAGUCAUUCAAAAAUAUGCUCCUCUCAAGAUAAAGGAAGUACAAAACCAAAGCUGACAAAACAGCCUAGCACACCUACACCUGACAUGUUAAGAGUAAACGUCACAUACUCUGAAACAGACCAGAAAAAUGCAACAUUUAAAGUUGUCACCAAGACAACACUUCCAAAUUACCAGUUCCCACUGUAUGAAGUACACAGAAGUGAAGCACACUUUGAAUGGCUUCAGGAGGCUUUGCAGGAGGCACUACCAGAAAGAAUUGUCCCCCCACUUGUCAAACAUACUUCAUUAAAUGGAAAAACAAGAGAAUUUCAAAGGUUUUUAUCAAGAAUUUGUUCACACAAGGCUUUGAAGCAUGAUGGAUGGCUGCAUUUAUUUUUAACUGGAUUUAAUGAGGAAUUAGAAGCAGCACAGGCACAGCUUGAUAAGAGAAAAAGCAUUUCAGACACCACAGAAGUCAUAUCUGACAGACAAGGUUAUGAUGAAAAUGCACCUGUAAUUAAAUGCAAGAAAUACAUGGAAUCACUGAAUAAACAUAUACAAGAAUUAAUCAAUCAUAUCCAAAUAUCAACAGAAGACAAAUCUACAGAUUUGGGAGUUUGGUUUAAAUUAUUAUCAGAAGGGGAGCCUACAGAUACCUAUUUAAAAGCGGCAUGUGCAGCACUGAGUAAAAUAUGUCAUGAGCUGGGAAACUAUAAACCACAUCCCAUGUGCCAAGUGGUCACUAAACCUGCUGACCAAGAAACAGAAGAGAAUCUUAUUGUCAGCGAUCUUACUAGUAUAGCAGAAUAUGUCAAGAGUGCAAAGAAACUGCUGGUGAGAGUCGAACAAGCUGUUGGCACAUUCUUGCACUGGGAUGCUGAAGUGCGUCAAUGUGAAGAGAUGACGGAACCUGGAAAUGACAGUGCAGAAGAAAGCCAAAGUUUAACCCAGAGAUGGGCAGAGGCAAACUCAAACUGUGCAGAAGCCAAGGCAUAUUUAGAAAGACUUUGUCAAGACUUGAAAUUUGAACUGUCACACUUUGAUCUUAGAAAAGAAUCAGAACUCAGAGAAGUUUUGAUUGAAUAUACAACUCUUAAGUCUGAACAUUUUGAAAAGGUCCAAAGUAAAUGGUUUGGUGUGAAGUUCAUGGUGGAAGCUCCCAUUUCUUCUGACAUUAGAGCAAUCAAGUGUAUUGAAGAGAUAGACAUGAACUAACAUGGCAUCAUGUGGAUCAUGUUGGCCAUCAGUGCAAAGAUACAAAAUAUAACAUUUGGCAACAGGAUCAAGAAGGGUCAAACAUGUGGACAGUUGGCAGUGUUUGGGUGACUGGAAAAAAAUCAUGAUUUCAGGUGCUUGGUCAUGACUUCAAUGGUGCCAAUCAUUUUUAUUGGUUAAGUCUUUUGCAAGCUGUGAUUGGCUUAACAGAUGCUGUUAAUUCAAUAGGUCUCGGGACAUGUCAUGGUCUAGCUUUGGUACAAACAACACAUCAAUAUAAGAAAUAGUGCAAAUGAUGUUUGUACCAAAGCUAGACCACAAUGCACCAUGUUUCCAUCUCACUAGGGCCUAACUCAUGCGGCAGCCAUGUUUAUUCUCAUUGGAAUAAAAACCUUUGUGUAACCUACAUAAACUUAUUCUCGAGCACUUGAAUGUAAGGCUAACUAUUGGGGAAAACUAUUGUUCCAGUCAACAUGGCUGCCACGUGAGCAAGGUCUGUAGUAUGCUGUAAUUUUUAAUGGUCAUACAAAAUCUACUUUAAAAUAUGGUCACUGAUGAUGAUAACAGUACUGUUGUUAUGCACACCAUUAACACCUAUUUCAGAAAUCGUUGUCGCACCAAAAGCCUCAAGCAACAAGCCAAGGCCACAGAGAACGCCGGUACUUUUAGC